UCUGUCACCCCGCCUCACAGUUCGUGCCUCCUCCCUCAAGCAAAGCGCAGAACUAAAACUCGGAUUGCCCACCUAACUCAGUGAGUCCGCACCGAGUCGCCAUGGAAAGCCAGGAAGGAACUCAGGAGCUUCACCUCGUGCUCGCCCACAAGCUCUUCCUUCUGAGGCACCCGGAUGUCCAGGACAUCGAGAAGGUCCGCCUUAAGGAGGAGGUCUUCGCCGUCGUCAAAGCCGACGGUAUGGCUCCGUUGUACGAAACCCUAAUUUCCGAGUCGGUGCUGGAGAAAGAUCAGGGCGUUCUGGACUCGAUGCGCGCGAAGAUCGAAGAGGAGAUUAAGAAGCUUGACGAAAAGAUAGCAGAUGCUGAAGAGAACUUGGGUGAAAGUGAAGUCCGAGAAGCUCAUCUGGCAAAGUCCUUGUUUUUCAUUCGUAUUGGUGACAAGGAGAAAGCAUUGGAACAACUCAAGGUGACGGAAAGCAAAACAGUUGCAGUUGGGCAAAAGAUGGACUUGGUGUUCUAUACACUGCAGCUUGGUUUUUUCUACAUGGAUUUUGAUCUAAUUUCGAAAAGCAUUGAUAAGGCGAAGAACUUGUUUGAAGAAGGCGGAGAUUGGGAAAGAAAGAACCGCCUGAAGGUGUAUGAAGGCUUGUUCUGCAUGUCUACUCGAAACUUCAAGAAGGCAGCAGAUCUAUUUUUGGAUUCAAUUUCAACCUUCACAACUUAUGAACUCUUUCCUUAUGACAACUUCAUAUUCUACACUGUUCUUACGAGCAUAAUAUCCUUGGAUAGAGUUUCCCUGAAGCAAAAGGUUGUGGAUGCUCCAGAGAUUUUGACAGUGAUUGGGAAAAUCCCUCAUCUUUCGGAGUUUUUGAACUCUUUAUAUGAUUGUCAGUAUAAACCAUUUUUCUUGGCAUUUGCUGGCCUGACGGAACAAAUAAAAUUGGACCGCUAUUUGCAUCCACACUUCCGGUACUAUAUGAGGGAGAUCAGAACUGUGGUUUAUUCCCAGUUCUUGGAAUCCUACAAGAGUGUUACGAUUGAUGCAAUGGCUAAGGCAUUCGGGGUUACAGUGGAGUUUAUUGAUCUGGAACUCUCACGAUUUAUUGCAGCGGGGAAGCUUCAUUGCAAGAUUGACAAAGUUGCAGGUGUUCUUGAGACCAAUCGUCCAGAUGCAAAGAAUGCUCUUUACCAAGCAACUAUCAAGCAAGGGGACUUCCUUUUAAAUCGGAUCCAGAAGCUGUCUCGUGUCAUUGAUCUGUGAGGUACAUUGGAUUUCCAUGCAAUUUGGAAACGGCACCAGAACUUGCGUAUUUGUUCUUAAUGCAGAACACAAGUCUUCUUUGAUUUCUAUUUGAUAAAUCUGAUACUCAUCUAGCGGUAGCCAAUCUGUUUUCCCAAUUUAUCAAGGAGAUGGAAGUAACUGAUUUAAGGUAUCAAUUCAGUUUUUCAGAUUCUUUUGCUUGUUCCUUUUUGGUGAUUUUUUU